GGCAAGCAUGAUUGGCACGUGGGAGCAGUUUCCGAUGGUUGCCCGCAUAUGGAUUGAGCAGCUGCAGCGGCCGCCAACUGGGGUGGCUGCCAUGUGUGACCAGCACUACAUGGAGUGGUACAACCGGCACUCGCACCCGAGGUUGAUCAGAGACGUCCACCACGGCGACGACGCCGAUGAUGAUGAUGUGCCACCGCCCACUGCCGUGGAUGCGUGGAUGGGAAAGAUGACGCAGUUGGGACACAGACUUUUUGAGGAGAGGGACAACAUGACGACUGCAACAGGCAGAGCUGUUAUUGAUGAACUGGAACGGGCCCUUGAGCAGUGGCAGUGGGCGUCACAGAGAGAUUAUUGAUAUGUCGGCAGUGCAUUUAUAAAACAUUUUCCUAGUUGUUUGUAAAAGUUAACAUUAUCUGUUCUUAUAAUUAUUAUUUUAAGUUCUUAGAAUUUGACAUUA